AUGGCCGGGGAAUCUGCCCUUAUAACUGCCUAUCUAUCGUACCUGCUUGAACCCUUAGAAUCAGACCCUCACUUUAAAGCUAGCUUACUCGCUUUCUACCCCGAUUACUACCCUUGCUGGACCUGGGAAUAUGGACCCUGUCUCCUAUCUAAAAACCCGGAAUUCCAGACCUGUGUCCCGGAGGUUGUUGUUGUUGAGCAAUCGCCCUCUUCUAACUCUAGUUGUGGUGCUGUGAUUCCCUCUGUGUAUGGGCUGUGUUCUAUUCUUCUUAGUCCUAAAGCCGAAAGACGAAGGCAGUCCGAUGUUCCAGGCCUAAGAUGGCAAGGAGUCACAAAUGUCCUCUGGUUCAGGGCACCGAUGUCUGAACUGCGGAUUCAAACCCUAAAUGUGCCAGAUCCCAGUAGCCCACUUCGGCUGUUGUCUAAGACUCAAGAUCCCCUGCUGAAUAAGAAAGCCUCCUCAUCCUGUGAAUUAUCCCCAAAACCAUUAUUUAGCAACUCAAGAGAACCAAACAAACCUCAUAGGAACUGCCGAAGAAUGCGGCCCAAAUGA